CAAUGCUAAAAAACCUGUACGAUCAGUACCACUACUCCCCCAAGGCUGUCAGAGAGCUCAGAAUGAUUGCAGAGGCACUUGAAGAAAAGGUGUUGAAGCCAUCAAAUCUACAUGGCGCCCGCUGGCUUCCCUAUGUGCAUCGUGCAAUCAAGAUUGUGUGUGACAGCUAUCCUGUACUGAUUGCACAUUUUGAAGACAUGGCGUCUGUGGAGAGGUUCCCUAAGCCUUCAGCUGCAGUUCUCGGCAGGGCCAAACAGGUCCUUUCCUACCUGAAAGGAUGCGAUAAUUUGCUCUUCCUCCACUUCAUGUGUGAUGUUUUUAACCACCUUGCCACCUUGAGCAAAAUGUUUCAAAAAGUUGACCUGACUGUGUGUCAGGCAGUUGAGAGCCAGGAGGCCUGUUUCUGGGAACUCACUUCAUUGAGGGUAGACAUGGGUCCCCAAAUGGCCAAGGUCAACCAGGCCAUAAAGGAGACUGGCGUGUAUAAAGGAGUGAGGUUCCAGAAUCCAACCCACAACAUGCUUGAAGCAGAGAGGAUCGAGGUGAUUGAUUUGAUCAUCAAUCAUUUGGAAGAGAGGCUGAAGGAUCUGCAGCAAGGAGGCAUGGUUGCAAAGUUUAGGGCUUUUGACCCAUCGUCCUGGCCAGCAUGCAACCGUGCUGACCCAGUUGAAAAUGAGAGGUUCAGGCAGUGUGGUGUCGAUGAGAUGAGGGAGAUGGCCACGUUCUAUCAGGAGCUAUUGAGAAAAGCUGGCAUUGAAGUCGAUGAGGUUUUAGCUGAGUACAACCACUACAAGAUCUUUGCCAAGGGACGAGCAGCAGUGCCGAUGAGGGAGCUCUUCAUGAGUGUCUUGCAGUCAGAGGAAAGGCGAGAACGCUUCAAGAGCUUGGCCCCCCUCAUGGAGGUGUACCUGAUCCUGCCAGUAAACACGGCAGUGUGUGAGCGGGGCUUUUCUACAAUGAAGAGAGUGAAGACUGACUGGAGGUCGAGUCUUUCCUCUCUUCAGCUGCAGAGACUGAUGUUCCUGUCAGUGGAGGGCCCCCCACUGGAUAAGUUUAAUGCCGAAGCUGCAGUUCACAGGUGGUGGACAACCUGCCAAAGACAGCGUCGGCCAGGGUUCAACCCCUGGGAGUAUAGGCAGGGCUCAGAGAAUUAA